UCAAUAAUCAUCGAUGAAUAACACAACAUUCUUCUUCUUUCAUCAAGUAUUAUCAUUUUCCUAAUUCUCUAAUCUGUAUAAUGGUAUUAGAGCAGGUAUAGAUACUUGAUUUUUUUUUUUCUCAUCCGCCAUUUUUUCCUUACAUCAACAACCUGUAUCUUUCUUGGUUCUUCUUCUCUUCUUCUUUUCAUUCACUCUUUCUGUGUUCUUCCCAUCAAGCAACAUGGCACAACAACAUGAUACAUGACAAAACAACACAAUUAGUGACCCCACCGAAAACCCAAGUAGUGUCUGUUAUUUGCAUCCUUCAGACUCGGCUAGCUCGAAACCGGUGUCUAUACUCUUUGAUGGAACAUGUUAUAGUGAUUGGAAGAGGUUGAUGAUGUUCAUAAGUCUCGACGCAAAAAAUAAAAUUUCUUUCAUCGAUGGUAGUCUCCCUAAACCCGCUGAAGGAUCCAGUGAUGAAAGAGCAUGGCACAGGUGCAAUAAUAUGGUCACCGGUUGGAUUAUUGCAUCCUUAGAAAGACACAUUGCCAAGAGCAUCAUGUAUUUUAAAACAGCUUUUGACGUUUGGAAUGAUCUUGAGACAAGAUUUGGGAACCCCUCGUCUUCUUAGAUUUAUAGAUUACAAGAACAACUUAUUAAUGUUUUUCAAGAACCCAACAUGAGUGUUGCUGAAUACUUCACUAGAGCGAAAUCUUUAUGGGAUGAAAUUGAUGAUCUUCGCCCUUUACCUGUUUGUACUUGUAAUCCAACCGCUAAUUUUUAAAACUUCAACAAGAUCAAAGAAUCAUGAUGUUCUUAAUGAAAUUAGACCCCCAAUUUAAUCAAGUCUGAUCUAGUCUCUUAAUGCAUAAAGACCUACCUAAUAUUGCUGAAGUCUACCGUAUGUUAUUACAGGAAGAGUCAUAAAGAUCUUAGUAAACCACACACUUCAGUUGAACCCAUGACAUUUUCCACGGAUAAACGGAAACUGUCUCACAUCCACAAGAACAAUAAUACUGGCAAAAAGCUGACCUACUUUUGUGAACACUGCAAAAUUGCAGGCCACAGUAUUAGUCGAUGUUUCAAGUUACACGGGUACGGGGUACCCCAAUCGCAACAAAUACCCUCCAAACAAGAAAUAUGCAACAGCUAUACACCAUGAUAAGAUCAUUCAAACUGUGCACCUGAUGGUACUCCCUUAGGAUUAACUUCUAAUCAGUACACCAAUUUGCUAUCUCUUCUUGACAAAACCGAUCAUGUUGCUACUGAUUCUUCUCCACCAGACAGCUUUGCCAACCUUUCAGAAUGGAACUACUGCUGAGGUGAAGAAGAUAGUAGAAACUCUCAAUGCUGGAGCAGUUCCAUCAACUGAUGUUGUGGAGGUCGUGGUCAGCCCUCCAUAUGUUUUCCUACCCAUCGUGAAAAGUUCCUUGAGGCCUGAAUUUCAAGUUGCUGCCCAAAAUUGUUGGGUUAAGAAAGGAGGUGCAUACACCGGUGAGGUUAGUGCGGAGAUGCUUGCUGAUCUGGACAUUCCAUGGGUCAUCCUAGGUCACUCGGAAAGAAGGGCUUUGCUGAAAGAGGAUAAUGAGUUUGUUGGGGACAAGGUUGCAUAUGCUCUCUCGAAGGGUCUGAAGGUCAUAGCUUGUGUUGGGGAGACCCUUGAACAACGGGAAGCUGGUACCACAAUGGAAGUUGUUGCUGCUCAAACAAAAGCAAUUGCAGACCGAGUAAGUGAUUGGACAAAUGUUGUUAUUGCUUAUGAACCUGUUUGGGCUAUUGGAACUGGGAAAGUUGCAACUCCAGAUCAGGCACAGGAGGUUCACUCUGAAUUGAGGAAGUGGCUCGAGGCUAAUGUCAGUCCUGCAGUAGCUUCCAGCACAAGAAUUAUUUAUGGAGGUUCUGUUAAUGGCGCUAACUGUAAGGAGCUUGCUGCUAAGCCUGAUGUUGAUGGCUUUUUAGUUGGAGGUGCCUCUCUAAAGCCGGAAUUCAUUGACAUCAUCAACUCUGCCACUGUCAAGAGCGCCUAAACUCAGGAACAAUAUAUUAAGAAGCGUUUGCUAGGAGCUAUUUUGUAAGAGAAUAAGCUAGAUUCUGAAUCUGUUUACCUUUGCGUACCGAUAGUUUUUUGGCUAUCCUGUUGUAAAAAUAAUUUGAGUUGAUGUUAACUUCUCAUUAUUUUCUGUAUGACGCUUUACCGAGUAAUCUCAUCUGCUAGGAUUUUCAGA